AUGAGAAUGCUGUUCAUUGACUUCAGUUCAGCGUUCAGCACCAUCAUCCCUCAACAACUGACUGCUAAGCUCAGCCUGAUGAGGCUCAACAGCUCCAACACUAUCACACUUAGCACUGGUGUCCCUCAUGGUGCGCUGUUUGUGUUGUGUGGUUUUGUGACUCCUGAUCUUUUUGACCCUGAUUAUCGCUUAACGGAUUUUGGAUUUUCUGCAUGCCUGAUUGUCUCGCUGCUGACCCAUGAUUGCAGCUCCAGCUCCACAAUGAACAACCUAAUGAAGUUUGCUGACAACACCACCAUAAUGGGGCUCAUCAGCAUCAACGAUGACGUCAUACAGAGAGGAGGUGCAACGGCUGGCAGGCUGGUCUACUCAGUUGACAAAGGUCACAAGGUCACCACAGCCUUCUGGUACCUCAAAGGGACGUUGGGUCAGGAGCCUGCUAAUAUUUUACUGAAUUCGAGUUUUCAAGGACGAUUGAAAUAUCUCGGAGACAAGGAACAAAACUGUGGUCUCAGAAUCUCAGAUGCGAGAGAGAAUGAUUCAGGCAUUUUUGACUUUUUGUUCAAAACUAAUGCAAAUGAAGAAAGCCAGACCAGUGAAUCUGGAGUCAAUGUCACUGUUACAGAUUUUGAUGUGCAUGUGCUGCCUAUGAAAGAUGUCUUGACUGAGGGCGACUGGUUGAUACUGAGCUGUGGGCGCUGUAUCCCCACCAGUUUCAUACCCACCUACAUCUGGAAGAAAGACGGACGUCCCCACGCCACCAAACAAGGCAACAACAUCCUCGAGAUGGAAUCCGUUAAAAUGGAGGACGGGGGCAAGUACUCCUGCUCAAAGGUAAAAGCUCAGCUGGAUGAGGUGUUAAAUACGCUGGAGAGGAAAUUUGAUAAAUCCAGUGAAUCUGAAUCAGAAAAUUUGGCAUCACAGGCGAGCACAGUUCUGAACAUUUCUGAGACACUGGUCUCUUUACUGGUGAAACCAACAAACACAGAAGAGAUCCUCAACUUUACCUCCAACACCACUGAGGUCAAAGUCUACACUGUUGGACCAAACGCCACUUUAGAAAGCAUCACUCGACUGAAUAAUACUGCCGCUUUCCUGGAUAUCGACAUCAUCAGUAUCGCCAAGAACAACAAGGGACAUGCAUCUGUGGCCUUCAUGACGUAUGACAACAUGUCAGAAAUACUGAAGCCCACCUUCUUCCCCUCAAAGAAAGACACAGUCAACACUAUGAUGUCCACAGUAGUCUCAGCCUUCCUGCCCAAAACCACCAACAAAACGCUUACCAAUCCAGUUAACUUCACCCUGAAACACAUCAGAUGGAGUCAUCGCUUGGAGCUGCUGAACACGAUUGCUGUCACAGUAGGGCUGACAUUGCUGUCCUUGGCUGUUUUGACCCUCGUCCUGUUUCGUAAGAACUCGAGAGUGAGCAGCGUACUUCGACUGAACCUCUGCAUCUGUCUGCUGCUAGCACACCUCCUCUUCCUGCUUACUCAACGUUUUCUGGCUCACAGCAAUUACAAGGUGUUACUGUGUUCUGCAUUUGCGGGAAUAUUGCACUUCCUUCUUCUCUCUGCAUUUGUGUGGAUGUUCCUUGAGGCCAUAACACUGUUCAUCUCAGUGAGGAACCUAUCAAAGAUCAGAUCCAGGUGGAGGGAGGUGCUUCACUGGAAAUACCAGCUUGUGAUUGGUUAUGUGGUCCCCACUCUUGUGGUUGGUGUAUCUGUGGCUGUUCAGCGUGACGGUUAUGACAGUGAGACGUGCUGGAUUAAGUUGGGGACGAGCUUUGUGUGGAGUUUCUUGGGUCCUGUUUGCUUCAUUCUUGCAGUUAAUUUGAUUCUCUUCAUUGCCAUCAUCAUCACUCUUCAGUGUACACUGAUGCACCUGAGCGGUGAUGUCUCACAGAUCAAAACCAGCAGGACUAUGGUGUUCAAAGCACUGGCCCAGUUUUUUAUACUGGGUUGCCCCUGGAUACUGGGGUUCUUCACACAGUUCAGUAAGGCGCUGGAGAUCAUCUUCCUUCUCCUCACUUCCCAGCAGGGCACCUUCAUCUUCCUGGUCCACUGUGUCCUCAGUGAAGAGGUAAAGCAGAAUCAAGUCAGAAAGCAGUACAAAAAGUUGUGGUACAUCCUCUGUCCUCACCAUGAGACCAAGGAACAGAUGACAGAGACCAUGAGGACUGUCCAGAGUAACAUUUACACCACCGACGCAGAUCUCAGUGUGGACUUGGAUAAAAAGGAUUAA